AACUGAAGGUGACGUAUUUCCGGUAGAGGUUUGCCAGGGGUUUGCAGCUUGUGCUUUUGCAUAAUACGAAAUGGCACAACGCAGCUGAGCAAAUAUUGCUUUUAAAAUAAAGAUGAUGUGGUUUAUGAGAAGAUUUCUCUCGUCGGUGGUUUACAGGGGUCACUAUGCCGGGCAGUCCGGACUCCUGCUCCGACCUCGGUACGGCUCCCUUCCGGCGGACCUGGAGCUGCGCUACCUCCAGUGCACCUGUUGUUGGAGGAGCCGGGUUCCCGUGGCGGGUUUUGAGACCUUAAACGCCGCUCUCACUUCCUCCUCCUCGUCCCUGUCGCCUGAAUCAUGUAAGGAGGACGGCAGGACUACACUGGACGCCUGCUACACCUCCGAGCAGCGGGACACCAUCCUCCAGCUCCUCAACAACGCCACCUCGGCGGAGCUGGCCGACGUCAAGCUGCUGAGAGGCCGCAAGUCGCUCAACAUCGUGGAGUACAGGACCAAACACGGACCGUUUAAAACUCUGGAGAGCGUGGUGAACGUUCCGCUGCUUAAGCACAAGAGCGCUGUCAUAGUGUUCAACUCCAUCGUGAAUCCGGUGAAGAAGGAGAGGAAGGUUCGGAUACAGCUGGCCAAGUUCAUCAGACCGGAGGUGGACAGGUCCUGGUUGGAGGAUGCUACAUCCAUAGUGUCACUAGUAUGUGGAACUAAUAAAAUCGCUUGGGCCCAUGUGGACCGGGGGAUGACAGUAUUGGAGUGGAAACAGAAGGAGUGUCCUAAUUUCUUGAAAGGGGCGUACAUGGCUUCUUCGUACCUGAAUGAUGUGUCCACAGUUGUGUCCGUCUUGCCAUCGGCAGAUUUCUAUCUGAUAGAGAAGCCCGCCAUCUCUGUGCAGAAUACAGCUCUGUUUCCUAUCAUGGCCCACCUGAGGACUGUGGAGGCCAUGUUGUUUUCUCUGCUGGAGCCCAAAAUCUCCCCACCGGAGCCUAAUAUUCCUCCCAGGGUUCUUAACAUGAUGAGGACCGCCGUGGGACGCCACUUUGACCUGAUUGUGGGGGAGUCUCGGACUAGCGGGGCUCAGGUAGUGCGCCAACUGAUGACUGAGUCAGUAACGCAGAAGUUUCCCAGGAUAAACGUCCCUCAGGAACUGCUGGCCAAGUACAGGAACUACUUCCAGAUGGGCAGCAAGAGAGGAGGGGAGGAGCUGUGUGACGCUCUGCUGCAGGCUGUGGCUUUUUACGAGCUCCUCAGUGAUUCUUCCUGUUAGCUGGAUAUGUUGAUUCACCAUGAACAGACCUCACUGCAGACUCCUGAACUGCAUCAUCCAUAGGGUGUUUAAAUGGGAUUAAUAUAGAAUUUGGUAUUUUGUGUUUGUCAUACAGUGAGCUAUUUAUUUUCCUCUUUUUAGAGCAUCUUCACUCCCUCUGGUGUGUAAAAUAUGUCAGAAUGGAUUUAAAGCGCACCUAAUGAAUAGUUUAACAAAUCUUAUAUAAAAAUACUUUUAUUUAUAUUUCCUAUUUGCACUUUCAUGAAAAUAAAACAUGAUUAUUCAUCUCUAAUGCAGUGAAUCCAUCAGUCAGAGUUUAGGUCAAAUAAAUAUGGUGAAACCUGUCGAGCUCAGGAGUCUGUCUGAACUUUCGUUAGCGGGAAAUCCUCAGCCAGGAGUUGGAUGGCAGAUUUUGAGAGGCCUAGUUGUGAACGGCCCAGGAAGUUCCAACACCUGUGAGAACAGAAAGAGAAACAUAUUUUAAAGACUAUUUGGUUGCAUUAAAAAAACAAAACAAAAAAACAACUGUGUAAGAAGAUUAAACUUUCUGAACAAUAUUUGCUUAAAAAGUAGAAAUUCUAAAGUUUAGCACAGCAUCAGUGACCCACCUGCCCAGCUCUCCUCUGUGCUGCUGUGCACUGACAGUGUGACAGAUGAGGCGGAGAACCGGCAGGUAGUCGACGCAGACAGCCCGUCUGUUCCCCAGCAGGCUGAAGGGCUCGCAGCUGAGCAGCAGCCGACUCACUCUGGACCUCCUUUGGGACACCCUAGAAAGACGGAUAAGUUAUGCAAAGUCAGCAACUGCAACAGUUGGAGUCUUCUUUCAUACUCCUGAAAAAAUAGAUGUUAGGACUCAGCAUAAACUUUACUUUAUACAGUCAUUGGAGGAAAAAAAAAAAAAGGUCCUUCACCCUGCAAUCAUUUUUCUUUUACUAGCUUGUAAAAGUUAAAAUUUAACCUCGUGUAGAAAAACAACAAAUGCCUUGCAGAUUAAAUGAAACAAAAAGCCAAACAGCAAAAAAGUAUUUGCACCAUUUUGAUUUGUAAAGGCAAAGUAGCAGCCAGAUGCUAAUCAAUCACAUAUUUUACCAGAGACUUAAGUCUGUCAAAUAAAUAGGUGAUCUAUCCCAGCCUUUUAGCUCCUGAUUAAUUUUGUGUUUCAAAAUGCUGCAGUUUCCAUUCCUGAGUCAGAUACUGUACAACUGGUGUGUCAAAGUCAAGUCUGGAACAGGAAGACGUCUCAGACUGGAAGGACGUCGGGCAAGUUCAGAUCUUAGAAAACAAAAGAUCUCCAACUCAAACGAUCCACACCUCAGUUAGCAUGUUGAAGAUCACGGUCUGGGAAUUUCAAAAUGACUUAAAUACUGCAUGUUUGGAAAGGUUGCCAGGAAACCUGUUUCUGUAAAAAGACUAUGGAAGCAUGGUGAAGGUUUGCAGAUGUGCAUCUGAGUUCUGGAACAAAGUCCUUUGGGCAGAUGAGACCAAAAGUCGAGAUGUUUGACCAUAAUACACAGCAGUAUAGCUCUUUGAAAACAAACAGCUUAUCAGGACAAACACUGAACACCAAGUGUUAAACAUAGUGGUGGAGGAAUAAUGAUUUGUUAACUGAGCUCUGUAUAUGAAAGUAUUCUGGAAUCAAACACGAGUUUCAGGGAAAUCUCAGCUCAAAACAACCCGGAUCACAAACACAGCAGAAAAUCUAACAGAGUGAAUGAAGGUGAAUUGGCAGGUUUUUUUUUUUUUUCCUUUGUCCAUCAAGGGCAUCACAAACUCCCACCUUUUUCAGCCUGUAAACACACCAAAAGCAUGUUCUUUGAUUUUUAGUAAAAAUAGGACAAAUACAAGAGAUGUUGAUCUACUUAAAAUGGAACAGCAAUGCAAUUCCUAUAUUUUCUGUUGCGUUUAAAACUGCUACCUCUAAUGUUUUGCCCAUGUUUUUAUUUUAUGAACACUAUUGUAACGUUUAUGCCCAUCGUUAGCCAAGGAGGAUUUGUGAUGCUGUGGGCCGGUUUCUAUUCCAAAUGCCCUGGGAAGCUCCUGAAGUUUUUGAAAUGCAAGAAUGUACUCUAAAUAAAGUUAUGUUUUCCAGAG